AUUUUCAAUAUCAGACAGCUAUUGUAAGAUAAACCCACAAAAUUUUCCCAGAAAGAGAAAAGAGGAAAAAAAAAUGAAAGGUCGUUUAAUCUGAAAGUUGUGGAAUAUAGUUGAUUGGGAGAUUAAGAAAAAAAAAAUUGAAAAAAAAUGGAUCCAGAGCAAACAUUUAUGAGGGUUCAAGGGAGAUUUUCUCAGAUAUUAACCCCAAGAGUUAGGGUAGCGUUGGAGUAUAUCUAUCUCUUCAUUGCUAUUACUUCCUUUUGUAUUCUUGUUACCAUGCAUGCAAAUUAUGUUCAACAGCCUGGAUGUUCGAGUGAGCUCUCUGGAAUUGAUUCAAAUGAAGUACAACUUAUUCAGAUUAAGAUAACCAGUGCUGGCUUGUGGUCAAGAAAUGAGUCUGAAACCGUUACUAUAGAUAACCCUGAUUUAAAAACCGCAACUGAAAAUGUAGAAGUUGCAAGUGUUGUUGAUGAAGGGUUGAUGUUCUUGGAUGCCAAGUUUUGGUUGAACUGGUUUGAUUCAGGCGCUAGGAAGGGGAAAUCAGCAUGGAAGUUCUGGAAUACUGAUGGUGAUCUUAUUAAGCAACAUGCAGAAAGCUCUACCAAUGGUGAAAUCUCUAAGCCAAAUAUCGACAGUGUUGUUGCUAAAAUCGAUAAUGAGGAGACACGUAACGGUUUCUCUUUAUCAGCAAAACAGACAUUUAAAGCAGCUGUUGUGCACUUUGGCAAAAAGUGGUACAGACGUUUAUCUUUUAUUUGGAGACAUGCAGUUCAAAUCUUUGCAAGUUUCCAUAAGUUGUUGAACAUAACAGGUUUACAUCUAAAUCUUGAUGUUCCUAAAUGGUUGCGUAUACUUCACUUCGACAAGCUUAACUCAUAUGCAGUGCACUGGCUUGAGAGAAGAAGUAAAGCAUUUGAACCAACUUAUCUCUAUUCUUUGGAAAAGGGUUACUUCUUGCUGCCUGAAGCAGCUAAGUCACAGCAUAACAUCCGUACUGUUAAUAUUAGCUUAUCAGCUCGACAUCCCUGUUUUGGGAACAGGUGGCAGCAACUUCUCAUCAAUAGAUUUGUCGGGUAUGACACUAUUAUGAUGAAUAGCUUAUUGCAUAAGCCUGGCCUAGGUUAUCUUUAUAACUUUCAGACGAAGGAGUUCUAUAAUCUUAGUUAUGCGCAAGAAUUGCCUGGUAGUUCUGCAAGACUUGGAGACUACCUUGUCACCAAGUGCGGUGUGCUCAUGAUGUCUUUCUUUGUAUUUUUCACAACCACCAUGUCGGUAUCAUUUACAUUGAGGGAAACUCAGACUCGCAUGCUUAAGUUCACAGUGCAGCUUCAACACCAUGCUCGACAUAGGCUUCCAACAUUUCAGUUGAUAUUUGUGCAUGUAAUUGAAUCGCUUGUAUUUGUACCGAUUAUGAUUGGCAUCCUCUUUUUUCUGUUUGAGUUCUACGAUGAUCAACUAUUGGCUUUCAUGGUUUUAAUUCUUGUCUGGAUAUGUGAACUUUUUAUACUGAUCAGUGUUCGGACACCAAUAUCAAUGAAGUUUUUUCCUCGAUUCUUUUCGCUCUACUUUCUGGUUUUUCACAUUUACUUCUUCUCCUAUGCAUAUGGUUUUUCGUAUUUGGCUCUCUCUACUGCUGCCGCAUUCAUGCAGCACCUUAUUCUGUACUUUUGGAAUCGUUUUGAGGUACCAGCAGUUCAAAGGUUUAUGCAAAACCGGCGAUCUCAGCUUCAGCAGCAUCCGGACUUCCAUAUCACUUCUUCGACUAUACUUGCAUCUACUCUACACAUUCGAAGAUUAAACACCCGGAAUCCGGGCCUAGCUAAUACAGAUCCUUCCUCCGGGCUGGGGUCGAGAACCGUAUCUGAUCAAGCAAUGCCAGCAAAUGUAGCCGGAGAAGCUACUGGCCCUCAAGGAAAUGCGGGAAACAACAAUGUGGGCCGGAGUGUUGACCCUGUGCAGAUUUCCGGACAAGGACAACCUGAGCUACCGCAAGCCGAAGCUGGUUCUAAUCCUGGGACUAUGAGUUCAUUCAGUUCAUUGUUAUUAUGGAUCUUGGGAGGUGCUUCAUCUGAAGGUCUCAAUUCAUUUCUUUCCAUGUUCCGGGACGUGAGAGAACAAGGGCGGGUUUAUACCAACUCUCCUAGGCAUGAAGAUCGUGCGACGCAGAAUGUCCAAUAGCCCUGAGCAGACCGAGUGGCACACUCAAAAACAAAAUGAAGAUUUUAGUAUUAGAUGUUUGUAUAGCUAAUAUUUCUAGUCAUCUAUAUAGCAAAGAUGAAACAAUGCAUAAAGAUACACAUGUGAUAUAUGGUACAAACCAAUGCUUUAAAGUGUAUAGAUAAAAAAAGAAAACACUUUGAAUAUUCAUUGAGAGAAAUUUAAAAAUGAAAUGACAAUAUUGACAUUGAUAUCAAAA